CUAAGUGAGAGCCAUGGAGGCACGGUUAACUCUGAGUAACUCUUGCAUACGUAAUACAAUUUUCUCUCUUUUCCUCCUAGAUACACGCACACUAGUGUGUUCUCUCUCUCUCUCUCUCUGUGUCUCUCUCUCUCUCACUCCCGUACGCUCCCUUGCUCGCAUUAUCUCUCUGACUCCCUUCCCCCACUCCCUUUCAGUGACACAGAAAAACGAAUGCCACCCCUCGCUCUCGCUCUCUCGUUCUCCCCCGUCCUCCAAUGGCACAAACACCCUGGUCUCUCAUUCCACCCGCUCUCACUUUGUUUUUAUUGUUUAUUUGUAAUCCCCCUCUUUUUCAGUCAAAUCACCCACGGUCAUGGAAUAUCAUCUCUCAUUCUCUCCAUCUCUGCUUUUUCUCGUUGUUGUUGAAUCAUGGUGUUGACACUAUUUUGCAGUCUCUACUCGAAACUGGUUUUGCAACUCCCCUCUCCCUCUAUUCAUCGCUCACCCUCCCUCCCUCUCUCCAUCCCUCCCUCUUUCUCUCACGCUCACUCACUGUCCAGUUGACAACCCAUCUUUUUUCCUAUUCACAAUAUCUUUGUUGCACCCUCCAUCCUGCCCUCCCUCCUCUCUUGCUCUCAGUAUCCAUCUGAGAGCAAGAGUGGUGUGCUUAUUUGCUUCUGCCUAAAUAUAUGUGCAUCUCUACCUCUUCCUCUCUGCACAACACAGCCAAACACUGCCCUGCCUAACUACACAGGAGAUUUCUUCAACAAAUAUUUUGUGGAUUUUUUGUGCAGAAAUCUGAAAUGAUGAGUUUUUUUCCCAAGAGGAUCCAGCGUUGAUGGUUGGCAACGGUAUACCUCAGUGAGUGUGUAGAUAUUUGACAGAACAACGGUAUACCUCAGUGAGUGUGUAGAUAUUUGACAGAACACCAGAGAAGAGCAAGAGAUAGCAGAACACUCUCCCAACGCUACAGUCAAAGUUCCUUUCAACAGGGUGGAGGAGGGGGGGUUAGGUGAUAGACUAUGGCUGCCAUGGCGACCGUGCCCAGCUACACCCCUUCGCUAUGGGUGAGGAUGUGCCAUGCCCUCCCCCGGCUGGACCUCACCAUGACGAUGAGAGACAACCUCUUCAUCCCCGACAGCUGGGAGUACCAACAGACUCUACUGGUCCUCUCUAGUCUCUCGGCCAUUGCUCUCGUUCUCUCCCUCCUCGUCAUUAUCUCCUUCCUUAUACACUACUGCUGCUGUCGCCGUGGUGACCGGAGCGAGGGAUCUGAGGAAGAGGAGGAGGAUGAAGAGGGCAGCACGGGCCACGGCUAUAGAGGCAAGAAAGGGCGGGGUAUCUGCUGCGUCACCUGGGUGUCGGUGGCGGCUGUCACACUGUGCUGUGUUGCCAUAGGCGUUGGUUUCUAUGGCAACAGUGAGGCUAAUGAUGGGAUAUAUCAGUUGACCUCAUCUCUUCUCACAGCCAAUUACACACUGGCUUCCAUCGAUCUGCUGGUUUCAGACACAAUCUCUGGGCUACAGCAGUCCAUCGCUGGGCCCCUGACCACUAUGGAGGAGCUGUUUACAGGCAGUAAGCCUUAUUUGGUGUCCACCCGGAACUGUAGGAGACUGUCAGAGAACGUGGUGUCCCUGCUCACCUCUCUGACCAUGGCUCGCUCCUCUGACGGGGGUGCCUGGAACAGCAGUAACAAUAGCGGAGAUCCUCCCAUAGCAGCCCUCACCCCUGUGCCUCCCUCCAUGGCCCCCACAGUGGCACCAGUCGGAGGGGUCAUGCCAAGCCCCUUCUCCCCUGGCUGGGCAGCCAACACACUGAUGGUCAACGAGGACUACAGAUGGCUGUCCUACGUGCUGCUGUUGCUGUUGGACCUCCUAGUGUGUCUGUUCAUCCUGCUGGGGCUAGCCAAACAGGCUCGCUGGCUCCUCAUCCUGAUGACGGUGCUGGCCUGGCUGGCUCUGUUCCUGAGCUGGGGAUCCCUGGGCCUGGAGACUGCCACUGUGGUGUCUGUCAGUGACUUCUGUACAGAUCCUAACACCUUUGUGCUCAACUCCACCCACUUCAACUCUGGGACCAGCUCAGACGUGUUGGAUUAUUACCUGACCUGCAGCAGACGUAUGAACAGCCCUUUCCAGCAGCUGCUGACCCAGUCACAGAGGUCCCUUUCCAGCAUCCACACACACCUAUCCAGCCUGGACCGGAAUGCUCUCCCACAGGUCCCCAAGGCAGAGAAGUCACUCAGGGAGGUUCAGCAGAUUCUCAAUGCCACAGAGGGCAACUUUCACCAGCUGGUGGCGCUACUCCACUGUCAAGGUCUCAACAAGGAUUAUAUUGACUCUUUGAAAGGCCUGUGCUCUGAUGGGAUGGAGGGAUUGCUCUACCUCUCUCUCUACUCUUUCCUUUCGGCUCUGGCCUUCACUGCCAUCCUCUGUUCCCUGCCCGGCGCCUGGAGAAGCUUCCCCAGUGAUUCCGAGGAGUAUGAAGAUUCGGACAGCGAGAGCGAGGACCCCUUCACUUCCCAUCAGGCACGUAGACAGCCGGUCGCGGGGUCUCAGCGAGGGGCCUUGCCCCCCUUCUAUAAUUACCAGGGAGGCGGGUGGACUCCUCCCUUUUCUAGCGCGCCACCCCUCCCGACUCCAAACGUUUCCUCCAAUGGCAACCCUGGCUAUGAGAGCCUACCCCUGACUGACAGGCAGUCCCCACCCCCCUCUUACUCUCCCAGCAUGCUGACUGGUUACGGGAGUAGUCAAACACACCCCAACUCCGCCCAUUCAAGGAACCUGUAUUCACGCUAAUUUUUUUUGUUUAAAAAAGUACAGAUUUUUUUCCCGUUUUUUUAUGAAUGGACACUUUACUGAGAUGAAGAAUAAAUAACUAAUCCCCAAAAAUGGAGCUUUAGAUGUAAAUUAAAGGUGCGUAACAUCAGUACCAAGAAGGUUGAAUGGCCUGCUGUAGAACCUCACAGUAAGCUAAUGUCAGAUAGAUACAGUAGGUAGCAUGAUUAUGAAGACGUCUGAACCAGGUUCACUCGGUCAAAGUCACCCCUUACAAUCCCCCUUGUCUGUCCAGUGUCAACAGUUGCGAGGCGAGCCAGAAUGGUAUUGACGUUAUGACAUUGUAGUUCUAUGUUUUUUAAAUGUAGCACCAAUUUAUUUUCACGUUUUUAUAUCUAUAUCUUGUUGUAGAGAAACACUGACACAUAGAAACAAGACACAUUUUUGGGUGAAUGAAUAUGCAGUCUCCUCACUUGGUAUUCAACGUGCAAUUUUUAUUUGAGUUACUUUUUAUAGGUGAAAAUUCUGUACCUCCCUUGUAUUACCUUCUGAUACUAUACUGUACAUUUCACUGUUGAUGACAUUAUCUAAAUCAGGGAUGGGCAACUCCUGUCCUUGGGGCCAGAGUGGUGAAUAAACUAAUUGCAUUCUAAACUGAAGAUCAUGAUUAGGCGAUUAUUGGAGUCCGGUGCAGAAGGGACACCAAGUCCCCAAGGACUGGAGUUGCCCAUCCCCUCAUGAAACUUUGCUCUUAAAAAGAACAUUCAAGAGAGGGCUUCAGUACUUCCUCUCUGUAGGCUGAAUGGAGAACUACAUCUCCCAUCCAACCUCGAGACCAUUACAGAACUACAAAUCCCAUGCAAUGACAGCAGGCACAUAGCAAUAAAACUCCUGCCACUGGUGCUGCAGUAGCUCUACCGUAAAUAGCAAUAAUAACUAUAUAGCAGUGGGUUUCUGAGGUCUCUAUAGGAUGUUAUGUACAUAUGUGAUGUCAGAUUUCAUUGAACACCCUCCCUGCCUACUGACCUUGUUAACCCUUGAAUUGCGUUUGUAUGGUAUAAUCAAUGCUCCUUUUGAAUGGCAUCCUUUUUCACUCCAGAGUCUAAUAUAAAUAAAAUAAUAACAAUGAA